UCAUGAUUCGCACAUCUUGUGUCUUGAAAUACGGCGUCAAUUUUUUUCAAUACUAGGAGAAGGACUGCAUACACUUUGGGUGAUAUGUCCUAUUUUCUCUAUACUAAAAGAGCAUAGACGUGAUUAAUAAGCUAACACGUUAGCAAUGUCGGGUAUGGAGGAUAUUUCCAACGAUUUUGGGACAUUUAAAGAAGAUAGUGAGUUUAAUGUAGAGGCGGGGGACCAUGUCGAGGAUGGCUUUGUCUUGGACCCCACUCGGUACAUGUUUUACAGAGACAGAAAGGAGUGGGCUGACUUGGAGCCUGUUCCUCAGGAUGAUGGACCGAACCCUGUUGUAAAGAUCGCUUAUUCAGAAAAGUUCUCUGAUGUUUUUGAUUAUUUCCGUGCCCUCCUAAAGAAUGAUGAAAAGAGCGAAAGAGCUUUCGCCUUGACUGCAGAUGCCAUUGAGCUGAAUGCUGCAAAUUACACAGUGUGGCACUACAGGCGGGUGUUGCUACAAGCUCUGGCAAAGGACCUGAGGGAGGAAAUGAGGUACAUUACAGCCAUCAUUGAGGAUCAACCUAAAAACUACCAAGUGUGGCAUCAUAGGCGUAUCGUGGUAGAGUGGUUGAACGAUCCCUCAGAGGAGCUGGAGUUCAUUGCAGACAUCCUCAGCCAAGAUGCAAAGAACUACCAUGCUUGGCAACACAGGCAGUGGGUCAUCCAGGAGUACAAACUAUGGGACAAGGAGCUGGAGUUUGUAGAGAAUCUCCUGGAAGAAGAUGUGAGGAAUAAUUCUGCCUGGAAUCAGAGGCAUUUUGUCAUCUCACUCACGACAGGCUUCUCCGAUCAAGCCGUGCUAGAGAGAGAGAUUGAGUACUGUUUGACCCAGAUCAGGAAGGCCCCCCAUAAUGAAAGUGCAUGGAACUACUUGAAAGGGAUGCUGCAAGACAGAGGUCUGUCAUCUCAGCCCGGCCUGCUGGAAAAAAUCCUGGAACUGAAGGAGACACGUUGUUCCUCUUACCUUCUAGCCUUUCUCUUUGAUUGCUACGAAGAUGCUUUGGAGAGCAGCAGUGAAAAAGAAAACGCGGAGGAAGAACGCAUGGAAACCUUAAAUCGAGCUUUAGAAGUUUGCCAACUUUUAGCUCAGGAGAAGGAUAACAUCCGUAAGGAGUAUUGGCUGUUUUUGGGACGUUCUUUAAAGAGCAAAUAUGGAUUGAGUGGGCCUAUAACAGCUGAUGCUGAACCUCCAUCUCCGACAGCUGAGCAGCAGGAAGUGAACUAGACAUGCUGUGCCCACUCCACUACCACAAAACUUCUUUGCUGAACUUCUGACUGUCAACUCCAGUUUUGUUUAUUGUAGAACAGGAUUCUCACUACACACGCUCAUGCAGGGAAGGAAAUGACAGCUUAUAUAUACAUAUAUGGAUACAUAUACUAGGGCUGUCAAAAAAAUAACUCCUUAAUGGCAGUCAUAGUAUUAAGAGUUAAACAUUUUAAUGUAAUUAACUCAUUCACAUCAUGGCAAGUUUUUAUGACAGCAGACAGGCACAGAGUAGCGUCCCCACAGUCACACAGAGUCUUGACGCUCUUUUCUAACUUUAUUCUGACCUGAACACAUCACCGGCAUUGCAAUUUCCAACACCAUAUAUAUCUCCAACUCACAAACACGUCCCUAAUCCAUUGGUCCUCGGAAUGACAGUGUUGUUAGACGACCGCAAGGUGCAUUCAUGGACAUUCCAAACGUCAGAAACAUCUUUAUUACGAGUGUAUGUGUGGUCUAAAUAAACAGAACGACAACGAGUGGAUAUUUUCAUCACUUGGUAACUCUUAAUGCGAAAGCACAAUUUGUUGCAUUUUUAAAAAUGCUCGGAAAUC